AUGGAUGAUUCUGGAAGAGGUGGUCCACCAACAGUGACUGGUUUGUCACCAACUGAAGGUGUGCCUGGAACGCAAGUCACAAUUCGGGGCGAAAAUUUGGGAACAGAUCAGAAUGAUGUUGUUAUGCUAUUCAUUUGUGGUGUUGAUUGUUUGGCAACAAUGAAAUGGAAAUCACCAUCAAAAAUAAUUGCUAGAUUAGGACAAGCAGGAAGAGGACCGGGCGAUGUUAGAAUUGUUACGAAAUCUGGCGGUCGUGGAGUUUCGCAUGUUAAAUUCCGUGUUUUUAUCACACAAAUCGGACCACUUGAAGAAUCAGCUGUAUGGGUUGAUGAAACAAGAACUGUGCCAGGUAGAGAAGUUAUUCGAAGUGUUGCUCAAAUUCAAGAUGUUCGGGAUGCUCUUGGAUUAGUUCCGAGUCAAAAACGAAUUGAUCAAUCUAUGCUUUCUCGUGAUUUUCCGGAUAAUUCCGGAAAUUUGAGAAUGGAAAAUUUUUCUCCUCAAUGGUAUCUUCUUGAGAAUCACGCUGAUGCAACGUUAGUUUUGAAAGUGAUUUUUCAUUUUGAAAAUGUGUAUUUUUUAUAGAAUAGAAGAACUUCGAACUGCUAUCAAAAAUAUGGAAUUGGCUAAACAAAAUGAUGUAAAAAGAAGUGAAGAAAUGCACAAAGCAAAUUUAUAUUCAUUGAUUAAUUGUGUUGAUACUUUGGCUAAUUUACAUCAAGCACUCGAAAAUGGAAAAAAUGCAGAUCAUUUUUCGGCACUUUCAAAUAUCAAGAAACUUGUGAGUUUGACAAAAAUCUAUGGAGAAAAAUUGUAUUUUUCAGAUAACCGUAUCAAAAACUCAAGCUGAAAGUGUUUUCGCUGAUGUUCUAAAAAGAAAAGAUGAUGCAGAUGCGACUAGAAAUGCUCUCGGUGUAAUUGUUCGUUUCAAAUUUAUAUUCUUUUUAUCCUCAAAAAUCGAGGAAAAUAUGAAAAAAAGGAGAAUAUAUAACUAUUUUGAAUGAUUAUACGAGAGCUAAAUCACUUUAUCAAGAUACAGAUGUUCCAAUUUUCAAAGAAUGUAAGUUGAAUAUUUCGAUUUUUGAUGUAAAAUUUUUAGGGUUGGAAAAAAAUACACGAAUACACGCGCUCGAUACACGGUACACGAAUACACGCAGUACACGAAUACACGGUACACGAAUACACGCAAUACACGAAUACACGGAUACACGAAUACACGGAUACACGAAUACACGAAUACACGAAUACACGCUUUUUUCUGAAUUGCUUGAGAAGAGAAGAAAACCGUGUAUUCGUGUACAGUGUAUUCGUGUAUUGCGUGUAUUCGUGUAUCCGUGUAUUCGUGUAUCGCGUGUAUUCGUGUACCGUGUAUUCGUGUAUUUGGCUGCGCGUGUAUCCGUGUACGCAAAUACACUGUUUUUCCAACCCUAAAAAUUUUCCAUUUUUAGUGUUGAAUGAAAUCGACAAGAAAAUGGAUGUUUUCAAAGAAGAAAUGAAGAGAAAAUUGAUAGAUACACCAGUUUCGUAUGAAGAACAAAGUAAACUUAUCAAGUAAGACUACAAUUGUUAAAUUGUUAUUAUUCAUAUGGUUUCUUCAGGUAUUUGAAAAUUCUGGAUCCAGAAUCUGAUCCAACUUGGGAUUGUAUAACAUCGUAUUAUGUUUGGCUUGAGAAAAGUUUAUGGGAUAUGCAGGCUGAAUUUUUGGAAAAAGCAAAAAUCGAAAUGCAAUCACAACAAACUACAAUUCUCGGAAAAACAAAUGAACUCCAAAAUUUUGUAUCAACUUUGGUUGGAUUACUUUUGGGUAAAUUGCCUUCAUUCUGGAAACUUGCAAAUACUUAUCAUAAUUCAACACAUUCACCAGAUGCUAUACAAAGAUUAGAAGAUAUUAAUGUAAGAAAUAAUUUUGGAAUUGAAUUUGAAAUCAUUCAAAUUUUCAGCAAAUGUUAACAAAUAUAAUCAAUGUGUCUUCUUGGUUGAUUUUAAAUGCAUUAGUUCCAAAAGCAUUGCCUGAUUUGGUCGCAAAACAAUACGGAGAUCAAUUCGCUAAAUGGCCUGCAAUUUCAGCUGAUAUCGGAAGAUUAAAUUUGAAUCAGAGCUUAAAAACUACCAGGUUUUUUUUCAUAAUUUUUGAGAAUUUGAAUUUUUUAUUCAAAGUUUUCAGAAGUUUAAUUUCAUCUUUGUUGGAACAUCAAUUCACAUUAGCCCAUACACAACCAUUAGUUGAAUUAUGCAUGACAGUAAGACUUAAACUUGUAUCAGAUUUCGUUGAUAACGGAGUUGAAAGUAAGGUUUUCCAUCCAUUAAAAACCACUGUGUUCUACAUAAUCAAUAUUUAGGAGUUGCUCUUCUUGCUCAUAAAAUCAAUUGGAAACAAGAUAUUUUGGAUCGAGCUCAACAAACCAAAACAACACUUCCUGAUUUCUACGAAAAUGAAAUAUGUGAAUGUAUAAAUCGAACAAAAGAAGCACUUUCAACUACUGGAUAUCCGGGAGAAACUUGUUUAUUUUCGAGAGAACGAUUUAGAGAAACUAUCAUUGAUCUUUUUGUGCAUCUUAUUACUUCGAUCAAAAUUUGUUUUGAUAGGUUGGUUUUUUUUCUCAAAUUUUUAUUUCAAAACAUCUCUGUGGGAAUUUCUGAAGCCUCUUCUUCAAAUUAAUUUUAUUUCAGAUUAUUUACUCGGCAACGUCCUCAACAGUUAGAAGCUCAGGAUGGCAAAAAGUCUAAAAACGAAAUAACCACGAAAAAAUUGUUGAUAGCUGUCGGAGACGUUGAAUUUAUUAUUGCAAAAAGUUUGAAUAAUAUUGGAAAGAAAAUGCAAGAAAGUUGUGUUCGAUAUGUUGAUCAAAUUCAGGAGGUUUUUAUUGAUUAUAAUAAAUAUAUUUUGAAUAGAAAUUUUUCAGAAAUCGCGCGGUAAACUUUCUGCAUUCCGAACAAAAAUGAUAAAUGAUUGUAUUUCAAUGAUGAGCAGCGCUUUUGAUCCUUUGAUUGCCUCGGCGACUUAUGAAUAUUUGCCAGAUGAAGAUGGUGAGUUUUUAAAAGAUUUAUUUGGUAAUAAAUUUGAAAUUUUUGAAGAUAUAUCGGAUUAUGCGAAAGAAAUGAUUUUGUGUUGUGUUCUUCAACAAGCCGAACUUGAAUUGUAUUCACCACAAUUGGCUGUUGAAUGUUUACAGGUAAACUUUUACCUAAAUGAUUCAGAUAGAAAACAAAAAAGAAGAAACAAAAUAAUCGAAAGAUCUUGUAUUUCCAAUUUAAAUGUUUUAUUGGAUCAAAGUCUCAUAAAUUUUCCAAUUUUUCUUUUUUCCAGCAAACAGUUACAAAUGCACUCGAUCGACUUUUGGAACAUUUUUCAAAAUUGAAUUCCAACACAAGUCCUUUAAUUGUAACUCAAAUAGUCAUUGAUCUAACCGGACUUGAAGAAGCAUUAUCAACAUUCACAACGUUUACAAUUCGUGCUCAAAUAAAUGCAUAUCGAGCAAGUUUAGUUGGAAGAUUUGAUAACUUGUAAGUCAAUAUUUUUCAGAAAGAUUGAAUCGGGAUAAAAAUAUUUGAAGUUUUAGAAUUUAAAAUUUUAAUAAUUUCGGAAUUUCUAAUUUUCUGUCAUAAAUAUUUUACCAAAUGAAUAGUAAAGCUUUAAAAUUCAGUAAUCCAAAAAUUAAGACGAAUUUUUUUCCAAAUCAUGACUUUUAAUCGAAAAAAAAAACAUUUUUAGAAAUUUUCACGAAAAACCAGCGAAAUUCCAGAAACAAAUUCUCUUUCGCGUUUAUCUUAUUCAAAAAAAAUAUUUUUCUGCAGAAGACUUCAAAAAUGCUUGAAAAAUAUGCGAACAACAAUGCGAAUGGCUUUGCAAAGUUUAGAACAACAUUCCGAGGGAAUUGAAGAUGAUAGUUUGAAUACUUCGAAUAUUUAA